UUCAGUUGCUUUCACACGCAUACGGGCAAAUGGAGUAGAGACGGCUCGCAUUCGUGUUCGCAUGUGGAAGAAGACUUGAGGACGUGAACUGUUGAGGUCGAAGACGUGAAAAUCCUCGCGAAAAAACAUCAUUUUCCCCCAUUUCCUGACCAUCAGUUGCUCACAUUUGGUGCCUGUCUGGUUCCCGUCACUUGACUCGUGCGUUCACUCAGUCGCUGGCACGGACGGUGGUGAGAUUUUUGCUCGGUUUUUUGUUUUUGUUUUUUCUCUAAUUUAACGUCGUCGUGGACGUGGAAAAAUCCGUGAUUUGGACGGCAACAUCCUCGGUCGCGAGCGCAUCGUGGAUAACUCUCGAAUUGGACUCAGAACCAUUGAAAAGUGCAAAUUGACGACUUAGAAUUCCGAAAACGGGAAAAUGAGUGCACCGGCAGCUACAGCAAACGCAACAGCACCGCAGCCCAUCAGGCGCGGCAUCGUCAAGCAGGUUCUUUCCGGAGAUACUGUUAUUAUUCGUGGAGCACCAAAGGGAGGACCACCCCCUGAAAAGCAAAUCACUUUUUCUAAUGUGAUUGCUCCGAAAUUGGCGAGACGACCAGCUAACCCGGACAGCGAAGAAACCAAGGAUGAACCCUACGCAUGGGAAGCACGGGAAUUUCUUCGUAAAAAAUUAAUCGGGGAGGAGGUUGUAUUCUCUGUUACACGACCACCAAAUGCCACCCGUGACUAUGGAACUGUCUACCUGGGCAAGAGCGCCGAAACCGGGGAAAAUAUGACCGAGGCUAUUGUUACAGCCGGUUUAGUGAACGUACGUCGCGAUGGUCCACGAACCCCGGAACUGCAACGACUCAUCGAACUCGAAGAUGCUGCAAAAUCGGCUGGUCGAGGUAAAUGGGCCAAUAGCCCAUCGUCGGAGCAUAUUCGCUCGAUCAAGUGGACACAGGAGAAUCCCCGCCAUUUCAUUGACCAGUACGCCGGACGACCGGUCAAAGCUAUCAUCGAACAUGUUCGUGAUGGCUCAACAAUUCGUGCCUUCCUUUUGCCCGAAUUCAACUACAUUACGUUGAUGAUUUCUGGCAUUCGUUGUCCGGGGGUUAAGUUGGAUGCCGACGGAAAACCAGAUCCGUCUGUGAAAGUUCCGUUUGCAGAUGAAGCGAGAUAUUUUGUGGAAUCACGGUUGCUGCAACGCGAUGUUGAGAUCCGAUUGGAAUCGGUGAACAACUCUAACUUCGUUGGAUCGAUCCUGUUCCCCUUGGGCAAUAUUGCUGAAGCUCUGUUGCGCGAGGGUCUCGCCAAGUGCGUAGACUGGAGCAUGGCUUUCAUGAAAACUGGUGCUGAUAAACUCCGUGCCGCGGAACGUCAAGCCAAAGAGAAACGUCUCCGCCUCUGGAAGGAUUAUCAAUCUAACGCGCAAACGUUCAGCGGCAAGGAAAAGGACUUUACCGGAACCGUUGUUGAAGUUUACAAUGGUGACGCAAUAAGUGUCAAGACUCAAAACGGUACGGUCAAGAAAGUGUUCCUAUCAAGCAUCCGCCCGCCACGUGAAGCAGGCAAACCGGCCGGUGAAGAUGGUAAGCAACCACCUCGUCCGAAAAACUUCCGUCCUCUGUACGAUAUCCCAUGGAUGUUCGAGGCCCGUGAAUUCCUGCGAAAAAAACUCAUCAACAAGAAGGUUCAUUGCAAUUUGGACUACAUUUCACCUGCCCGUGAAAAUUUCCCCGAGAAGUACUGUUACACGGUUACAAUUGGUGGAACAAACGUAGCCGAAGCGAUCGUAAGCAAAGGCUUGGCCACUGUUAUUCGCUACCGUCAAGAUGAUGACCAACGUUCUUCCCGCUAUGAUGAACUUCUGGCCGCUGAGACUCAAGCCAUUAAAGGAUCUAAAGGCGUACAUGCCAAGAAGGACAUUCCAGCGCAUCGUAUCAACGACUUGACCGUUGACCACUCUCGCAUCAAGCACCAAUAUCUUCCAUCGUGGCAACGUGCUCUUCGCACAGAGGGUAUCGUUGAAUUCGUUGCUAGCGGUUCUCGUACUCGUCUAUACAUCCCCAAAGACAGUUGUUUGGUAACAUUCCUCCUGGCCGGUAUCUCUUGCCCGCGUUCGUCUCGUCCCGCUACCAAUGGUAUUCCCGCCCAAGAAGGUGAACCGUUCGGCGAUGAAGCGCUCGCAUUCACGAAAGAUCGUGUCCUUCAACGUGACGUUAGCGUUCACAUUGAAACCACCGACAAGGCAGGAACCUGCGUUAUCGGCUGGCUGUGGACCGAAAGCGGUGUCAACUUGUCCGUCGCAUUGGUCGAGGAAGGUUUGGCUGAAGUGCACUUUAGUGCUGAAAAAUCUGAACAUUUCCGUGCCUUGAAGGCAGCUGAAGAUAAGGCGAAGGCUGCUCGCAAGAAUAUCUGGGCCAACUACGUGGAACAAGUUGAGGAGAAGGUAGAGGAAGACAAGGAGGAAAAAACGACGGAACGCAAGGUUAAUUAUGAAGCCGUUGUUAUUACGGAAGUAACGGCUGAUAUACACUUCUUCGCUCAACAUACGGACCAAGGUGCCAAACUUGAAAACUUGAUGAGUAAGCUUCGACAGGAAUUCCAAUCAAACCCGCCCAUUACUGGCGCUUACACGCCGAAGCGUGGCGAUUUGUGUGCUGCCAAAUUCACCGAGGACAACGAAUGGUAUCGGGCAAAGGUUGAGAAAAUUCAGAAUGGAAAUGCCAGCAUUUGCUAUAUCGAUUAUGGCAACAAAGAGACCGUGCCUUUUGCCCGCCUCGCAUCUCUCCCACCUGCCUUCAUCAGCGACAAGCCGUACGCUCACGAAUACGUUUUGGCGCUUGCUCUACUGCCGCCAGACAACGAAGACAAGGAUGUUGCCGUUCGCGCUUUCGCCCAGGACACCCUCAAUCGCAACGUCAACUUGAACGUUGAAUACAAGCUGAACAACGUCGCGUACGCUUCGUUGCACGAUCAAUCCACCAAUGCCGACAUUGGAAAGAACUUGAUCGCGGACGGUCUCCUGCUGGUCGAGAAGCGUCGCGAACGUAAACUUCAGCAGCUGGUGACCGAGUACAAGGAAGCCGAACAGCAGGCAAGGAAGUCGCGCCAAGGCAUCUGGGAGUACGGUGACAUCACAGAGGACGAUGCCACUGAAUUCGGCCGCUAAUUGCUGCGCGCUGCGUUCUCGCAAAUGAAAGACAUCUAUACCCGCGUUGCAUACUGACGAGAGAAGGAGAUGGAUGGGGAGAAGUGGUUUAUCCAUUGGAAUAAAUAGAAAAAAUAUAAAAAAAACAUUGAAACAUUUUUAUAUAUUUAGGUUGAUGUAGCUAGUUCUUUUUUUAAAAGCAAAUCAAAAAUAAUUAAAAUGUUUUCUUCUUUUUUUCUUUCCAUUUCUCAGCAUGAUGGGAAAUUUUACAUAAUUCUACAACUUUUAAUUAUUUUAAUUCAUGCAUAAUUGUUGCAUUUGUUGUUUAGAGGAAGAUGAUAAAAUUGUUCAUUGUACAUGAUGAUAUUUACACAUUAAGACGCGAGAUUUUAUCAGGAAAACAAGAGAAAGAGAAUAAAUAAAAUAUUAUAAAAUAUUGCAGAAAU